ACCCGCUUCUCCCUCAGUCUGAAGCUGCCCGGGGACCCUGCUGGACCACGCUUCUGCCUUCGAGGGGCUCUUGGGAAGGAAACAGCUCCUCCUCCCACCUCUCCCGAAAGGGCCAGGAUCCAGGGCAUCCCAGGAUGCGUCUGGUGCAGAAGUCCCUGUGCCUGCUGCUGGUGGCCACGGCGUCCCUGGCCCUGCUGUACCUGCACAUCUGGUCGCCCAAGGCCUACAGCACGGUCGACCUGCGCAACCGGCCGGACCGAGCCCCCGAGCCGCUGCUGGGUGAGCCCUUGCUGGGCCCCUCCAACAAGUACGCCCACGUCCCCUUCCGGCUCAAGGAGGAGAUCCUCGAGCUGCUGCCCCAGAACUCGUGCUCGUGCGAGGUGGUGCCCGGCAGGAAGCUGCCCUUCCCCAAGCAGCUCUUCGGCCAGCUCUACUCGCUGGAGUUCACCACCGCCUUCGGCCCCGCGGAGCUGGCACGGAUCCACAGCACGCGGGAGCAGGAGUACCAGAGCGACCAGCACCGGACCCAGUCUCCAGCUGACCAGCUGCUGAUCGUCAGAGCCAACUCCCCGCUGGAGUACCCCGCCCAGGGCGUGGAGGUGCGCCCGCUCCGGACCAUCCUCAUCCCAGGGCUCAGCUUGCAGGCAGCCAGCAGGAAGCUGUACGAGGUGACCCUGACUGCCACCCUGGGCACCUUCAACGUGGCGGCAGUGGUGGAGGGGGUGAAGGCGCAGGGCGAGGGGGAGACGCGUCUCUCGCUGUCGAGCGACCAGCUGGACAACCUCAACCGCCAGCUGCAGUUCGUCACCUACACCAACACACUCUUUCACCCCAACACCGCGGACACAGUGCAGUUUGCCACCGAUGGGCACCAGGCAUCUUUCACCAUCCGAAUCCGCCACGCACCCACGCCCAAGCUCUAUAACCCAGGCUCCCCAGGCGAAGGCGGAGCAGAUUACAACAUCACCGCCCUGGUCAGCAUCGCGACCAAGACCUUCCUGCGGUACGACAAGCUGCGGGCGCUGAUCGCCAGCAUCCGCCGCUUCUACCCCACGGUGACCAUCAUCAUCGCGGACGACAGCCAGCACCCCGAGCCCGUGGGCGGCCCCCACAUCGAGCAGUACUUCAUGCCCUUCGGCAAGGGCUGGUUCGCAGGGCGCAAUCUGGCCAUUUCCCAGGUCACCACCAAGUACGUGCUGUGGGUGGAUGACGACUUCAUUUUCACGCCCCGCACCAGGGUGGAGAAGCUGGUGGACGUGCUGGAGAAAACCAGCCUGGACCUGGUGGGGGGCACAGUGCGGGAGAUCACGGGGUUCACCACCACCUACCGGCAGAAGAUCAGCGUGCAGGCAGGGGGUGAGGAGGGUGACUGCCUGCAGAUACGCCAGGGCUACCACCAUCUCCUCGAGGGCUUCCCCGGCUGCGUGGUCACCGAUGGCGUCGUCAACUUCUUCCUGGCCCGCACGGCCAAGGUGCUGCAGGUGGGGUUUGACCCCCGGCUCAGCCGUGUCGCCCACCUCGAGUUCUUCAUCGACGGGCUGGGCGUGCUGCACGUGGGCUCGUGCGCCGACGUGGUGGUAGAUCACGCCUCCAAGAUCAAGCUGCCCUGGCAGAAGACGGAGAGCGAGAAGCAAUACGCCAAGUUCCGCUACCCAACCUCGGCCGACAGCAGCGUCAAACGCAGCCUCUUCUACUUCAAAAACCACUUCAAGUGUAUGACGGGCAACUAGCCCCACCGGGCUACCAGCCCCGCCCUGCCAGUGAGCCGGACCCCAGGGAGAGCCCCCCCUCCCAUGGAGCUGGGGCUUUUUAUCCUUGUGCCAGGCCAGGGAGGUGACCCCUGCUACUCCUGGCUCGCCGGUGCCUCCCACUCAGCGCCAUCCCCACGCCCUGCCAGCUUCAGGCUGUCUCCCUGGUGGGGGGGGGAAGUCUCCCCCACUUUCCCAGCAGGCAGCGGGGCCUGGGGGAAUCCAGAGUCGCACAGUGGGAUACUGGGAAAUUCCCUGGACCACAGGAUGGGUGGCCGAGAAUAGCUUACAGCACCCCCGUGGCCGAGCCCCCACCUUCCCCCAGAGACGCUGUUUUAUACUGGACAGACCUGCCCCCGUUCACAGCCGGCUUUCUCCAGCGGCCCCUGCAGGAGAGAAACAGCACAGCCCCCGCCCCUCCCAGCUGCCCUGGGACAAGUGUCAGGGCCUCAUUUUAUUUUGUGCCAAGUCUUUAGAGCCCCCAGCUGCCCCCCCCCCCCCCCCCAGGAGAGUUCCAACUUCAAGUGCCAAAGCCUGCAGUGGGGGGCAGCCCCGCGAGCAAGGGGAAGGGCUGACGCCCAUGGCUGGGUUGCGGGGGCGGAGGUCUCUUUCCAAGACCGAGGACUUUUUCUAUACAGAAUCCAAAAGCAUGGGCACAAGGCGAAGGGCCAAGGGGACUGGCCCCAUCUUUGCCCCACGCACUGGCUGGCCCCAAUCCCACGCUGCUCCGAGCAGGCCCCACGGCCAGAGCGUUGGACGAGGCGGAGGGUUCUGGUUUCUAACGCCGGAUACUGGCGGGGCAGGAGCUGGCUGGUGUCUCUGGGAACUGGAGGCAGGACACUGGGAACUGUUUGUGUCGUGUGUGUGCGCGUGUAUUUAAUGUGAGCGAGCGAGGAGCCAGGCGCUGUCAGGCUGCACCCAAGGGAGAGCCGGGGAUGGCAGAUGGGCUUGAGCUGCCAUCCCCACCUGCAGAUUUCUACGGGUGACAGAGAGGUGAGGUUUUAAGGAAAAAAAAGAUGUUUUUAUUUAAAAAACAAAAAUGCAUUUACAAGUACUCUCUUUGCCCUAAAGGCCAUCCAAGCCCCGCCCCCUUGGCCUGAGCCCCGCCCCCUCUACCUUGAUUCCUAGUCGUGUUUUAACCAAACCAGAGAAAAAACUUAAAAAAAAAAAAAGUACAAAGGUUGGGCUCCAAAGAGCCAGUGGGGUGGUGACAUCCAGAGGGAGUAGCCCAUGGGGAUACCCCCUGCAGGCCCCAAAGCCCGCCCACUGUGUCCCCCCCCAUGGCUGCAAUGUCACCCUCCAGUGGCCCAGCUCUGCAAUGCGCCUCUCCAGCCACCCAGAGCAGGGGUUGGAGGGGAGUUUGGCACCAGCCUAUUGCUAGCAAGAUGGUAGCGUGAUGCCAGCCUGGGGCUCGGGGGCAGCCCUGGGGGUGCUGAAGCAUGUUAUGGGGCAGGGGGCAGGAGUCGCAUGCUGAGGGAACAGAUGCAGUCUGCGGCCUUUCAGGCUGUGCUGGGGGCCAGGGCCAGCCAUCAGCCAGAUUGGGGGGGGGGGGGGAUUAUGCCCUGAGCUCCAUCUCAGGCCCCCGCCCCCCCAGGAAGUGGGAGGGGGAAGGGCUGGAUGCAGGGGGCCACCCCAGCCAGGGGGAGGCCCCUGCCUGCCAAAGCACAUUCCCUCCUGUCCCUUCCCUGCGUGAAGUGGCCAGGGGCAGCUGCCCUUGGGCCAUGCCACCGUGACACCAGCGGCCGAAGCAGCCCCCGCCCCGGGGGGGCUGUGGGAGUUAGCCCCCCCCAGCACAAAUAAAAAGGGAUUUUGGUUCCUUUCUGUGGUUUAAAAA